AUGCACGAAACCAAGCAAGGCUUAGUCACUCCUUCCCCAUUACAUUGUCAUAAAGAAGACGAUAUCCUGAGGCUAAACGGAUUCACAAACCUUCUCCUCUGGUCUAGCUCCGUAUCCGCCGACUUCUUCACGGCCAAAUCCUGCGAAGUCGGCAACAACAUCGACUUAGGCCAUCUGCUCUCCAUCACCGAUUUCCACACCGCAAUUGGUCACAGCGGCACCUGGGAAGACAUAACCGAAUACGAAACCUUUGACGAGGAAAAUGGAAACCAACAGGAACAAAUCUUGAGCCCCUUCGCACCCGUAACUACAGGCCUCAUCCGCCGCAUGGAUUACUGCAGCGAAAGCACAGGAAUCACGAAGAUGGCGUGUCUAGUCGGAAUUGGUUCUGGGGUACGGGUGAUUUACUAUAACAAUGGUGGCCAUGAUGAGCUGAAGGGUUUGGAUGUUAAUGAGACUAACGCUGUUGACUAUCGCUUUUCUCUGCCUUAUUUACUGGACCAUGAGGAAAAGCCGGAUUACAGCAGUAUGCCAAAUAGUCUCGAGGCGCGAAGUGAUACAGAACUUGAUCGAACGCUCUCUACAUCAUUUGCCUUCUCCCCAAAUACGGCGGAGGAAUCUUCAGCAACCUUGACCCAGACCGACACUACCAGCACACGAACUGUUCAAUCCCGUGCAAGAACCAGUAACUACACAAUCAAUACAUCCAAAACAGCAAGGGAAUUUUUGAUAUCAGCAGCGAUACUGGAUUUCUUGCAAAUCGUAAAGAUCUGCGAAAUAAAAUCUUCAACUUCAUCAGUGCUCGGAGUUUUCCGCUGGAGUGUGAUCAAAUCCAAUAAUCUCCAAAUACAGCAAAUUAAAUACCAGAGCCAAGCCAUCAUGUCUCGCGAAUAUGCUCAAUCCCAGACCAUGAAGCUCUGUGUGAGUUUCUUGCACAAGAGAUCUAUCUUCGACCCGGCCCGCAUUGAGUUCUACGCGCCACAGCCAGACGCCUUCGCGUGUGUCGAUUGUCAGAGGCGCGAGGUUGCCUAUCAGAAGAGAAUAAGGCCUGGAAAGUAUUUAUUUUUCGGUAUCGCGAAAGUGGAGCUUGAUGAGUUCGACUGGCUCCCACAUAGAUUUCUUAUGGCCAUCACAUCGGACGUUUAUCGGCUAGGGCUUAGGGCCCAUGGCCACUAUGAGGAAAAGAAUGGGCUCGCUACUGGUGACAUUUAAUCGCAGCUUUCCUGACAAGACAGUCGUCGAUGUUCGAUCGCGAUGCACGGCCCCUCCACCAUACGGGGACGAUACGGAUUAUGAGCCUAAUACGUGCCCUUGAACGGAACGAGAUUACAGUGCAUG